GAUUGUUGAGCUAAAAAAGGCGGCAUUUUAUCUCGCAUAUUUUGUGCAAAAAACUCAAGCAAUGCAAAAGUCAAUAACGUCGUUUUUUAAACCAAAAAUUGAACCACAAAGUUCAAUACUACAAGAUGAAACCAAAAGCAAUAAUACUCCUAAGGAGGACAGUCCUAAAACUAAAAAAAAAGAUGUGAAAAAAGAGGUAAGCCCGAUUAAAAAUGAGAUGCAAAAAGAGGAAGUGUCACCAGCUGCAUCAACUGAAGCAAUGGAUGUAGUUGAGGAUGACUCUCCAACUCCUAGCAAGCCGAAGAUGAUGCAAUUAAAUGCAGAGGUGGAUAAGAAUGACGUUGGAGAAAUGUACGAUCCAUCCAUGGACACCUAUCAUCCACUUAAGCAGGCAUAUUGGAAAGACCAAGGGUUGACACCAUACUUAGCCUUAGCACGCACGUUUCAAGUAAUUGAGGAGACUAAGGGUCGCUUAAAAAUGAUUGAUAUACUGAGCAAUUUCUUCUGCUCGGUUAUGAUGGUUACGCCCAACGACUUGCUGCCAAGUGUGUACCUUAGUAUCAAUCAACUGGCGCCGGCCUAUGAGGGUCUCGAACUGGGUGUUGCCGAAACAUCGCUGAUGAAGGCCAUUGCCAAGGCGACGGGGCGCAACUUGGCGCACAUCAAAUCGCAAACUCAUUUGAUUGGAGAUCUAGGCAUUGUGGCAGAGCAGUCGCGAGUAUCGCAACGCAUGAUGUUUCGUCCAAAGCCAUUGAAUAUACGUGGAGUGUUUAGCAAGCUAAGGGAGAUUGCCAAGAUAUCGGGACAAUCGAAAAUUACGCUUGUCUACGAUGUGUUUGUGGCCUGUCGCUUCUCCGAGGCUCGAUUCUUUAUACGCUCCUUAAUUGGUAAACUGCGUAUUGGCAUCGCGGAGCAGAGUCUGCUCACAGCUCUGGCUGUCGCUUUGGUCAAGAAGAACCACAUUAAAGACUGUAAAAUCAGUAAAGUGUCCGAUGUUUACAAAGAUGAAAUUGCAGAGACCACGCUGAUUUUGAAGACUACUUUUUGCCAAUGUCCCAACUAUGACAUUAUAAUUCCGGCCCUAUUAAAAUAUGAUAUUAAGGAGCUACAGACUCGUUGCCCCAUGCAUCCCGGCAUGCCGCUAAAGCCCAUGCUGGCCCAGCCAACAAAGGGUGUGCAUGAAGUCCUCGAACGCUUCAGUGGCAUGCACAUCACUUGCGAAUGGAAGUACGAUGGCGAAAGAGCCCAAAUACACUUAAACGAUUCUGGUGAGAUGAGCAUUUUCUCUCGCAAUUCGGAGAAUAAUACCGAAAAAUAUCCGGAUCUGAUUGCUCGAAGUAAGGCGAUUCUGAAAACAAAUGACAUAAAAUCAUAUAUAAUUGACAGCGAAAUUGUUGCCUGGGAUUUGGAGCGUGGCCAGAUUUUGCCAUUCCAAGUGUUGACUACUCGCAAGAGGAAAAACGUUGAUAUUGCCACAAUUAAAGUGCAAGUUUGUGUUUACAUUUUUGAUCUACUUUAUAUAAAUGGCAACUCGCUAGUUACAAAGCCACUAUCGGAACGUCGAAAACUUUUGUUUGAAUAUUUCCAAGAGGUCGAAGGAGAAUGGAAAUUUGCCAAUGCACUUAACACUAAUGAUAUGGAUGAAGUGCAGCAAUUCUUGGAGGAAUCUAUCAAAGGGAACUGUGAGGGUUUAAUGGUAAAAACUCUAGAUGAGGAAGCCACCUAUGAAAUAGCCAAAAGGUCAAGAAAUUGGUUGAAAUUGAAGAAAGAUUAUUUGUCAAACGUUGGUGAUUCUCUCGACCUGGUUGUCAUCGGCGGCUAUAAAGGCAAGGGACGACGCACUGGCAUAUACGGUGGUUACUUAUUGGCCUGCUACGAUGCAGAGAAUGAAGAAUAUCAAAGUAUUUGUAAAAUUGGCACAGGCUUCACUGACGAGGAUUUGCGUGCGCACUCGGAGUUCCUAAGCAAACAUGUCCUCAGCGGGGCCAAAUCAUAUUUCCGUUACGAUGCCAGCUUGGAGCCGGAUGCUUGGUUCGAACCUGUUCAAGUUUGGGAGGUCAAAUGCGCUGACUUAUCGCUAAGUCCCAUUCAUCGUGCCGCCAUUGGUAUUGUGGACAGUGAUCGUGGCAUUUCACUACGCUUUCCACGAUUCAUCCGCAUCCGCGACGAUAAGAAUGCUGAGCAUGCAACGGAUGCCAAUCAAGUAGCACAUAUGUAUCAAUCGCAGGAUCAAGUCAAGAACAAUCAGAAAUCAGCGAAUCAAAUGGAUAUGGAGAACGAUUUUUACUAA